AUGCGAAAUCGACAAAGGCCACUCAGAUUUAUUGCCAGUGAUGCGGAUGGCUUCCCUCGGAAUCGCAGAAAGGUACACCGAGCUUGUGUGCAAUGUCGCCGGCGGAAACGACGUUGUACCCAUGGCACAAGUGCUUCUCGACAGCUUGGGAUUGAAACUCAGCCACAUGAACAAGAAUGUUCUCCAGCAAGAAAUACAUCAUCACCGUUAGCCAGUAUACAAGAUGGCAUAACCAUUAGUCCAAUAAGCUCUACGAGCACUGCCCAGGAGAAUGAUCAUCACCUUUCUCCGGGUGCUAGUAUUGAUGGCGAAGCGUGGUUUGUUGGUGACCUUGACCCAGAAGGUGCAUUUCUCGUUGCGGCAAGUCCGGCAUCAAGUUCCAGAGCAAAUAGGCGGCAUGGGGAUGUUGGUGUCUGGUUAUCAGCAAAGAAUGCAUACACUCAACUAGAAGCUAAGAAGCCUACAUCAAGUCUAAUGUCUUGCCUAGACCCUUUCUUAUCUUCGGUUAUCCUACCACACUUGGAAAGUCAAUGCUUGGGGGUCUUGCCAGCUCCGGAUGAUAUGAAGGUGCUUCUACGCAUCUAUCUCACAAACAUAAAUCCCAUAUUCCCCGUUCUGGAUCUCGAAACGUACGAAAACAUGGCUACGAAAUCUCCAGAGAAAAUCAUCCUCUCUCAAUCAAUAUGCAUCGCAGCUGCUUUACAUCAAGAUGCGAAGCCCUAUCUUCGGUUACCCACAGUCGAUUCAUCUUUUGAUUUCUCCCGCAGUCUUUUGGACGCCAUUAAUGCCUCCGUCGCGUUAGGUCUAGCCAAGGACAAAUUGGUCCUCAUUCAAGCUUUUUCAUUAGCUUCUUUAUUCACACAGUUCUCGGGAAAUCGACAAGAAUCGGCGGAGCUUUUAUCUCGUGCAAUCUGCCAUACUUAUACUAUUGGCAUACAUCACCACUGUCCAUCAUCGAUUCAACGGGAACAAACGCUCACUAGAAUAUUUUGCUGUCUUUACGCUCUCGACAUCCUCACCGCGGCAUUUCUAGGAAGGCCCAUGCAGUUCCAUCGACGAGAUACAAAUCGCGACAUAUUGUCAUCUAUAGCUGCGCAGGAUAGUUGCUUUCAGCUCUUACUGCGUACUAUCUUCGUGCUUGAACGAGUCAUAGAGCUUUAUCAGCCCGCCGUGAACUCGACGUGGAAAGAAGAGUUCCCGCCAUUUGAAGAUUUAUUGCAAGAAGUCGACACAUCAGAUAUUCCAUUGCAUUUCAUAGGUAUGUCUUUUCAUAUUUCUUCUCAAAUAACGGAGAAUGAAUAUUCGAAUCAAGUUCUAAAUGUAGCUCCAGCUACCAUAGAAGUUCUAUAUCAUGCAACCGCCAUUCUGGCCUGUCGCUCAGCAAGUCCAGAUGGGGUCUUCCCAACAUCGGAAGCCAAACUGCGUCAGCGUUUCUCGGCAGAGAGAAUAACUUAUAUCGUGGGAGAUGAAUUUUAUGGGAAAUUAUGCUCGUCCCCGAUCAUUCCAUAUUCAGUGGCUCUAUCUUUGCGGGUAAUGUAUCACAGUCUACAGCAAAGCAAGACGCAGAUUCUCCAACAAAGAGCUCGGAGACAUCUUAUAACUAACUGCCAUAUUCUACGAGAAUUGGGGAAUACUUUUCAUUCUGCCUCCCUCAUGGCAGACUUAGGAGAACGUCUUAUUCAUAAAGGAGAAAAUUCCCCGACGGAUAGUGAGGAGAAGACAUCUGAUGAAUGUUUUCGUCUGCGGAAUCCUACGCCUAGAAGAAAUAGUGCAGACUCUGUGAGAGGUAAGACACUUCUGACUUGUCCCUUCAACGUGAUUUUGAGCUAA